AAACCCUCGCUGAGACUGAGGGAAGGUAACAUUUACGCUGCCGAACAUCAUCUUGCACCCAAGGGACCCCUGUAGACACCCACAAUCUCAACACAGCAGACGGUGGGACCAUGAAGACUGUGGUGGCUCUGCUGCUGCUCUGUCUGAGUGAUCCUGGACAGGGUGACUGCCAGGCGGACUGCAUGUCCUGCAGCAACAUCCUACCCAAACAGCUCACUUUCAACACAAUGGUGUGUCUCACUGAGUGCGAAGCUAAAGUCUCCCCAGCCUUCUCCUGGGACUACUGUCGUAAGCUGCUGUCAUCGCCAAUCUUCUCUCUCACUAAUACCCUGCGGAAAAGAUCUCAGGAGGAGGUGGAGGCCCUAUUUCCUGAGGAGGAGCAAGUGGAAGGAGGACUUCUGCUGCCCUUUGCAAUGCAGAGGUUGGAUCAUGUGGCUCGGGCACUCGGGGUGGACGAGAGGGAUCUGGGUGGCAAGGGCAGUCAGCUGAACACUGCCUACACUUCCCAGAAGGCCCUUUCUCUUGAGGAUGCGUAUGAGGAGGAAGCAGGGCAGGAAGAAGAGGCUGCUGACAUGGCAGCAAGAGGACAGAGCGAUGUGGGGCUAAGUGUCUCCAAGAGGUUCGGAGGCUUCGUCAAAGGCAGGCACGGCUACAGGAAGCUGACGUACCCAGGGAGAUCGUACCAGAAGAGGUAUGGAGGAUUCAUCGGCAUUCGGAAGUCAGCCCGCAAGUGGAACAACCAAAAGCGUUUCAGCGAGUUGCUGAAACAGUAUCUGGGGAUGAGCACCAAGGCCACUGAGUUCAACAGCGUGUCAGAAGACCUGGGCCAACAAAAUGAAGUUUAACCGAGUGCACCUUUACGCCACUGACAUCAAACUAUUUCCUAUGUAUUUUCACUGAUCAUGUUUUGGAUUUCAUUGACAUGUUAACACUUAACUGGUGUCACCAAAGUUUACCUAUUGAAUCUAAUAAUAUGAAGUAAUUUACCAAAAAGUGAAAAGUAAGCCUGUAUUUUCUAACUGCCAUUGCAGGCCUCUCUGUCUCAGGACAUGAGAAUUGCUGUUGUUGUUUUCCAUCCCUUUUAAAUAUGAUGCAACUCUUUUCCUUUGACUAUAGGAACCUCUUCUAUAGACUGAAUCAACGUGACGUCACAAACACAACAAUCACUUCUGGGUAGCCAAAUGGCAAAUGAUUUGAAUUGCAUAGGUAGGCCGUUGUGGAAUCAGCACACUUUUUUAUUUCUGUUUCAUUUUCAGCCGUUACUAUAACGUUUGAAGAUUUAGAGUUAAACACGUGGGUCUGACCUAGCUGGCUGCUGUUUCUGCUUAUUUGUGCUUAUUUUCUGUUGCUUUUCUCGCGUCUUUGAGAAACAAAACUAGCAUUAUGCACUAGCAUUAACAUCUUGCUGCUGGUUGAGAGCUACUUUUGGGUGGUAUCCUUUUCUUUAGUCUGCGGCCAACAGGUAAAUUAGAUGAGAGUUUAUCCAGUCGUUCCUCGUCCCCGUUUGCUCAGCGCCAUUAAAUUAUAUAUUAAACGGAACGCAGGAAAUUUGUACCCGGACGUAUAGGAAACAAACAUCGUGAUUGGGUCUAUGCAGUAGCUGACCCUGCAGUAGAAAUUUUGGGCCCCCUAAAAACUACUCCUUCUGAGCUGUGAGACUCUAUGAUCCCUGGCAUCGUCCAGGCCCCUGUCCAGCUCCGGGCACCCUGAGGCCAUCAGACCUCCCAUUAGGUGCCCCUUGUGGGGUG